GGCGGCACCGUAACUCCGGCCGGCUGCCCCUAAACCCAAAUGGUCCAUCCCCAUCUGGCCAGCUCGUCCUUUACGAGUGCUCGGACGGUCCAACGCCAGAUCUCCAGAUUUCCAGGCUAUCUCUCAUUUCUCGUUCUGUUUCUCGCGUCGGGACCUGUCUGCAUUUGCUUUCUUUCUUCUCUCUCUCCUUCAGAUAAGCUACCUUUUCUGUUCUACGCUCUUAAUUCCUUUUCAAUCACAACACCGCAGCCAUGUCCGACACAUUCCAGGAGCUCGCCGAUAUCCCCAGGGACUUUGUCCGGGAUGGCAUGCAGUUUGUCCACAGAUGCACCAAACCCGACAAGCGUGAAUUCAUCAAGAUCAGCCAGGCCGUUGGCAUGGGCUUCCUCAUUAUGGGCGCGAUCGGCUACUUCAUCAAGUUGAGUAAGUGACUCAAAUCAAACAGUGUCGCGUGGGCUCUGGGACAGGGACUGACGGAGGUUGCCAGUACACAUCCCUAUCAACAACAUC